AUGGCCGCCUCGGCGCUCUUGAAGAGUAGAUGCAGAAGGGCGAGCUACCUGAAUAAAUUGGCCAAGGCUGAAGACCUCAUCGACUUGUUCCCUCACAACUCAUACAUCGGCUGGUCGGGCUUUACUGGCGUGGGAUAUCCCAAAAAGGUACCAACCGCUCUCGCCGACUAUGUCGAGCAAAACGGCCUGCAGGGCAAGCUGAAGUACAACCUCUUCGUGGGCGCCUCGUCCGGCGCAGAGACCGAGAACCGAUGGGCCCGACUCAACAUGAUCGAGCGCCGCGCGCCGCACCAGGUCGGCAAGGAGAUCGCAAAGGGCAUCAACAACGGCAACAUCAAGUUCUUCGACAAGCAUCUCAGCAUGUUCCCCGUCGACCUGAUGUACGGCUUCUACACCAAGCACAAGUCCAACAAUCGGCUGGAUGUCGCCAUCAUCGAGGCCUCCGCCAUCACCGAGGACGGGGGCAUUAUUCCGGGCGCCAGUGUAGGCGCGUCUCCUGAGAUCAUUCAGAUGGCGGACAAGAUCAUCAUCGAACUCAACACUGCUCCAUACCUGAUCAUGGCACCAGAGGACCGUAUUGGCACGCCGCAUAUCCCCAUCGACCCAGAGCGCGUGGUCGCCCUCGUCGAGUCUGACUACCCGGACCAAACGACCGAAAAUGCGCCCGAAGAUGAGACCUCGCAGGCCAUCGCCCGCAACUUGAUCGAGUUCUUGGAACACGAGGUCAAACACGGGCGAUUGCCGGUGAAUCUGCUGCCUCUGCAGUCUGGGAUUGGCAACAUUGCAAACGCUGUUAUCGGCGGUCUGGCUAAAGGAGGAGCCAACUUCAAGAACCUGAAAGUCUGGACUGAAGUGUUGCAGGAUUCCUUCCUCGACCUCUUCGACAGCGGGAACUUGGACUUCGCCACCGCGACCUCUAUCCGCUUCUCUCCCGGGGGAUUCCAACGCUUUUACGAUGGUUGGGAGAAUUAUCACUCCAAACUCAUCCUCCGGUCCCAGCAAGUGUCCAACUCACCUGAAAUCAUCCGCCGGCUCGGCGUGAUCGGCAUGAACACGCCCGUCGAAGUCGACAUCUACGCUCACGCCAACAGUACGUGUGUGUUGGGCUCGCGCAUGCUUAACGGCCUGGGCGGAUCCGCAGACUUCCUCCGUUCAUCCAAAUACUCCAUCAUGCAUACGCCCAGCACGCGACCUUCGAAAACCGAUCCUACCGGCGUGAGUUGCAUCGUGCCAAUGUGCACACACGUCGACCAGACAGAGCACGAUCUGGACGUUAUCGUGACUGAAAUCGGCCUUGCAGACGUGCGAGGAAUGUGUCCUCGCGAAAGAGCCCGCGAGAUUAUCAAGCAGUGCGCCCAUCCCGACUACCGACCCAUUCUCCAGGAUUACUUCGACAAGGCCGAAUACGAGUGCUUGAAGAAAGGUAUGGGUCACGAGCCGCACUUGCUCUUCAACUCUUUCGAUAUGCAUAAGAAUUUGGUGGAGAAUGGAACCAUGAAGAUCAGUGGUUGGAAAUAG